AUGAGUAGUCGCGGCGGGAAACUUGCCCCCGAAGUCAACCGAGCUCUGUUCGUCAAGAACUUGAGCUACAACGUUACUCCAGAGGAGUUGUUCGACCUCUUUGGAAAGUUCGGCCCAAUUCGCCAAGUACGCCAGGGCAUUUCCAACACGACCAAGGGAACGGCUUUCGUGGUCUAUGAGGAUGUGAUGGACGCAAAGCAAGCCUGCGACAAGCUCAACGGUUUCAACUUCCAGAACCGUUACCUUGUCGUUCUGUACCACCAGCCCGACAAGAUGGCCAAGUCAAAAGAGGACCUCGAGGCUCGCCGCGAAUCUUUAGCUCAGCUCAAGAAGCAGCACGGCAUCGAUUGA